UAGCUUGUUAUUGUUUUGGUUUUGCUUUGCUCAAGUAUCGGCAUUUUCAAUUGCAUUUUGCGAUUUGGAACUGUUUUCUCUUCUCUUUCGUGUUGUGUUUUAUUCGCAUUCGAACGUCAUAUAUUCUAGGAGGUUAAAUUUUUAAGGCCUAUCCUCCUUUCAAUUUCUUAUUUCUACAUGCUGAUCGUUUCUCCGCCGAAUCUGAGUCGAUGAGCUCUAUGAUGGCAUUGCGGUAUUCUCUCUGAUACAAUGCAAGAGGCUGUGAAUUUACCCUCUAUCUCUCAGUAAAAAAGUGCCCCAUGACUCUAACUAAUUUCAUCGAGGAAGAUCGUUUCACUAUGUAAUAUCAAACCCUCAUCUGUAGCGUCCACCAGAGAAGGUAAUCGCCGAACGGAAUCAACGUUUCUGCAGUGCUGUGGGUGUUAUUGACAAGUCACAAUGAGCACGGACGUUCGGGACAUUUUGGAACUGGAGAAGGCUGCACCAGAAAUCACAAAAGAAUCAAUAUUAGGGCCGCAAGAUGCAAAGAAGAAAAAAUUCUCGCAUGUCUUAACACCCAGGUCUUCUCGCAGGCCGGAGGGAAUGGCCAGAGAAGUCUUCGCUCUUUUGUACAAUGAUAACAAAGAUGCGCCUCCUCUAUUACCCACUGACACAGGUCAGGGUUACAAGCAGACAAAAGCAAAGCUUGGAAUGCGGAAAGUACGUCCCUGGGAAUGGACGCCCUUCACAAAUCCGGCUAGAACUGAUGGAGCAGUUUUUCAUCAUUGGCGGCGAGUGGCUGAUGAAGGCAAAGAAUACCCGUUUGCAAAAUUUAAUAAGAAAGUUCCAAUUCCUACAUACACUGAUGCUGAGUAUGCACAGCAUCUUCAGUCAGACUGGUGGACAAAAGCAGAAACAGAUCACCUAUUCAGUCUAUGCCGACAGUUUGAUCUCAGAUUUAUAGUAAUACAAGAUAGAUACGACGAGAAAAAGUUCCAAAAACGUUCAGUCGAAGAUUUAAAGGAACGUUAUUAUUCUAUUUGCUCAAUUUUACACAAGGUGAGAAAACUUCCAGGUGCAGAACCUAAAGCUUUCGACGCCGACCAUGAAAAGAGACGCAAAGAACAAUUAGCACGAUUAUACAAUCGCACACCUGAGCAGGUGGAGGAAGAAAUGACAUUGAUGACCGAAUAUCGUAAAAUUGAAGCUCGUAAACGCGAGAGAGAUAAGAAGACACAGGACUUGCAGAAGCUUAUCACCGCAGCGGACAACCAGAGUGAUGGCACAAAGUCAGAGAAGAAAACGGUGGCCAGGAAGAAAUUUACGCAAGUACGUCCCAAAAUUGAUACGAGCGUCAUCGAAACGGCAGGCAUCAAAUUCCCUGAUUGCAAGAGCAGUGGGGUUUCUGUCAGGUCGCAGCGCAUGAAACUUCCAGCCAGUGUGGGUCAAAAGAAGAUGAAGGCCAUUGAACAGAUGUUGCAGGAACUCGGCAUAGAAGAAAACCCAAUGCCUACAGAAGAGAUUUGCCAACACUUCAAUGAACUUCGCAGUGAUAUGGUUCUCCUUUACGAAUUGAAAAUGGUCCUCCAAACGUGCGAGUACGAAUUACAAAGUUUGCGUCAUCAGUAUGAGUCUAUGUCUGGAGAUUCCAAAGAGCCAAAACCAGCAGCAUCAACUCAAUAAACUAUCUCAAGUCCAAUUAAAUAUUGUUCGUAAUCUAGGUCUUAACUUGCAUGUAAAGUGUAAUUAUGUUGCAUUAAAUAUUUUAGUACGAUUUGUA